GGAACCUCCGCCUCCUGCCAAUUCCUCUCGAACAAUUCGCACACUGCGUCUUCACGUCUCAUUCCCCCAUUAUUUGAAAGAGCCUGCAGAUUCCCUAUAACUCCGGCAAAGAUGGCGCCUCCUGAAAGAGCCGGAAAGAGUGUCUUUUUGGGAAACAUCCCAUACAGUAGGUGCUUCUACGUGGCACACGUCCACAGUUGAUUGACGCUAACGCCCAAUCUCAGAUCUCACAGAGGAGCAGGUGAAAGACAUUCUUAGCUCCGCGGGCACAGUAACCAAAUUCCGCUUGAUGAUGAACCCGGAGACAGGAAAGCCGAAAGGAUAUGGGUUUGCAGACUUCGCCGAUGCCGAUGCAGCCGCCUCCGCAGUUCGCAACUUGAAUGACUAUGAGGUCAUGGGACGGAAGAUCCGUGUGGACUGGCCUCACAACAACGAGAAGGAUUCGAUACCCCCCGAUUAUUCGCAGACGUCCCAAAUACCCGGACAGGAUGGACAAAUGGGUGUACAGCAGUCAUCCGCGCCUCUACCGCCUCUUCCCCCGGGCGUGGAUCUUCCUCCGCACCUAGACUGCCCGAACGCAAUCUCUCAAACACUCUCCUCUCUCCCUCCGAAUCAACUUCUCGAUGUGCUCUCUCAGAUGAAGUCAUUAGUCAUGGCCGACCCGGCACGCGCUACGGAACUUUUACGACAAGCCCCUCAGCUUGCAUACGCUAUAUUCCAGGCCCUGCUCCUGAUGAACCUUGUCGACUACAGCACGUUAGGAACAGUGGUGGAACAGGCCGCUCAGCCCCAAGCGGCAGCAGCCGCUCCUCCCGCAGCGCAACCUUUUCAGCCAUUCUCAGCCGUACCAGGUCCGGUCUCCACACCACCUCAGCCUCAGCAGCAAAUGCCUGGGCAAGACGAACUCUUGCAACAAGUGCUCAGUAUGCCACAAUCGGCUAUUGAUGCACUACCUCCGAUGGAACGAAACCAAAUUAUGCUUCUGCGACAGCAACUAAUGCAAGGUGCCAUGCGGUGAUGACAUAGCGAGAUCGAUCGAGAUCAACAGACUUUAUGUGAUUUUGGUACUUUUGAAACUUCAAUACUUCAUAUUUUUUUUUACUUUUUCCUCUUUCGUCUUUUUUCUUUUU